CUGCUGGAUAUUGGGGCGGGAGAUGGCGGCGUCACGGAACAGCUUCGACCGCUCUUCGACCAGGUGGAGACGACCGAGACCAACAGGGUGAUGCGAUGGCGACUCAGUCGUCGAGGCUAUCUGCGCGUUCACGAUGAGGCCAGCUGGAUGGCGGGCGAUCAGCUCUAUGAUGUCAUCGCAUGCCUGAACGUGCUUGAUCGAUGCGACCGCCCCAAGACGUUGCUUCAGGAUAUGUACAAGAAACUACGACCCGGAGGCCAGCUGCUGUUGGCGCUGGCCCUUCCUUACCGUCCCUUCGUCGAUGGAGGCUCUGGCUGGACCAUGCCAACAGAAAACCUUGGAAUUCGCGACUCGACAUACGAGGCCGAGGCCAGCAAGCUGAUCAAUUUAGUACUUACACCGGCAGGUUUCACGGUCAAAUCCAUCUCACGCGCACCGUAUCUGUGCGAAGGUGACCAGUACAAACCUUUUUACAUUUUAACUGACCUUUUGGUGGUGGCCACUCGGCCUUAA